AAGAUAAUACACAACAGCCUUUCAAAGCACUUCGGCACAGACAUCUUUGAAUUUCCCUCAAAUGACCACGCAUGCGCACAAUAUAUGUGUCAGGGUCGUGUCGUGACUCAAGGUCAUCGCUAUUUCUACAGCAACCCGACUCCAUACUUGACAUUUCGUACCCCAAUAUCGGCUCCGACAGUCGUAUUUGAGGAAUAAAUUGUGUUUUCCGUGCCCAAAUGGACCUGGUCCCACCGUUUACUGUUCAAGCUGCAUGCAGCGUCCAACCUCUAGAAGACUACGACGGCCCUAGAGCUCCUCUGCUCCGGCAAGUUUCCCUGGACGAAGAACGUCGUGACGAUUGCCAGGGGCACUGGCGGGGCUCCCACCUCCUCGGCGAGGAGGAGGAGAAAGGGAUCAGGCUGUUCCGGGCGCUGUUGCUGCACUACCUGAGGCUGGAGGAGCUCAGGCCCCCGCCGUGUAUUGUUGCAAGUGCUAGACCUGACUCAAGGGGCUGGUGGAUGUACUGGCGGGACUGGCGAGCACUCGAGCGAGCAAUCAAGAGGUUCAGGAACACGAAGGCCAGAGGUCGGCUGGCUGAGAGGGCUGAGGAUAUCCCCCUUCUCUGCCUCGACGAGGUUGCCUUUGAGGACACCAUGCAGGAGCUUUGUCAGGCCUGCGCCCACGUCGAGCAGCGAGCGCUGGUGGUCCUGGCGUUCCUCUGCGAGGUGUGCGCGCGCGCCGUGCGGGUGGGGGGCUGGUGCCGCGCCACCGACUGGGCCGCGACACAUGUGGCGCAGUACGCCACGCCCUGGGCUAUCAGGCAUGGCGGAUGGAGUAACGUGGUAGAAAAAGCCGGAGGCUACCGUCGUGAAGAGAGCACACUCCUAGCUGGUGCAGCAGUAGCAGCACUUCUAGCGUUUCUUCUCUUCUGCCGCACUCGUCUGCGACACUCCAUCCUCUAAGCAUCGCCACACGCACACUUGGAUGUCGCUUACCGCAUUGGCGGAGAUUUUAAAUUUCGAAGAUAUAACGAUUUUUAAUGGCAACGAAUUCAAACAGUCGAGUAAGCCUGUAUUGUGUAAUUUAAUACCUAAACGAAGGGAGUCGGCAUUCGCACUAUUUCCCCUCUGCCGAGGUACAACUGUGCAUGCACACAACUAGCGCGGUGCGUGUUGUGACU